AUGGCGACAAUCUCUAUCUCCUGGGGAACCGUCAAAUCCCUCCUCAUAUUCUUCGGCCCAGUCUUACUACCACGCUUGAUUACUGCCUAUCGCAACCUCCGCGCAUCCAUUGCAAGCUGUCCUCCACCACGCCCUCUCCCCGCAGCCCCAGGCCGCGCACUCAACAUCCUAUUCGGCAGCAUCGUCUUCUUCCUCCUCCUGAGCCUCCCAUUCAACCCUCACGCGCCCGAACCCAACAUCUUCACUCUGACCCGCUCACGCAUCAACACUCCGACAGACAUCGUCUUCGCCCGCCUCGCACGAUUCCGCCCUGAUGCCCUCCUCACCGCAGCCGACAACCUCCUCCAAUCCAAGUUCACCUCCCUCGGUGCCCGCAAGGUCUACCUGACCUAUGGCCCAGAUGCCUUGACCUCAUGCCAGUACUGCUCCUUCGACAACCUCAACACUUUCCUCAUGUACUACCUGCCCUUCCACGUCCUGCUCCCACAUCUGGUUCACCUCAUGAUCCUCGGCAUUGCCACCUCUGCACCCAUCGCAGGCCGUGAAUCUGCCCGCUGGCGGACGAAGUUCACCAUGGCUGGUAUGGCACUGGCCGCUAUCGAUGUCUACAUAGUAGCAAGCUACGACGCGGUCUCGAGCGCAUCACCGUCCGUGCGGUCGGGACAGACCCCGCCCUCCGGCCUCUACAAUAGUAUCACACUGCUGCGACCGCUGGCCUUCGUGGUCUGCGACGUCGUCUGUUCAGUGGUGCUAUACCUCUCCGCUACGAAUCGCUUCUUUUUCAAACAGCCCUCUCUGACGGACCAAAUUGACCAGGCUGUCUCAGUAGCGUUGAAUGCGUUGACCGGUGCCCAUGGCAAAAUGCAUGCUACCAGUGUUACUCGCAAUGCUGUGGUGCGUGACAAGUCCCUUAAGAGCCGGGAUGAUUUGUACUGGCAGACCAUGGUGGCCUCGGAGAACCCCACUGCGGCUGGGGAAGGGAAGAUCCUCAACAAUAUUUGGGAAGAGGAAGAAGUGGCUCGAGCCAUGUCGCGGGCGAUGGCUGGCCAAGGAGGUAUUGACCUGGCUCAGUUGGGUGUCAGUGCGAAUGACUUUGUGCGAGGGGUGACGGAGGGUUUGGAGUAA